GUUUCGUGUCACCAAUAUCGGUAAAAUGUGUUUGUUUUUGCAUAACCAAGGUUUUCCGUUCCUAAUAACGGCGUAAGUUAGCACUGUAAUUGAAUAUCUGGCCAAAUAGACGCUAACGUGGACGACUACCUAGCCCCAUCAUCAAUCACACAGAAAAGGAGUCGGAGAGGGUUUUUCGCCUAGGGUUUUAGAAUUCGAUCUUACUCAUUCAAAUUUCUCCCUUCAGAUUUAUUCAUCUGUUGAGUAAAACCACAAGGGUUUCUCUCUAAUGUUGCCCAGAUUAGCUCGAGUCGUCACUCAAACCUCAAAGCUUCGAUCUUUGACCACUAAUGGAUCGAUGAAAAAUCUCUCCUUUUUCUCCCGAUAUGGGUACGCGACUGUUGCGCCGGCGGCAGCUGAUCCUCCGUCGCAGAAGGAUUUCCCCAGUAAAUCUCCGUUUCAUCGAAUGCGGGACUAAAGUGACUUCUGCCUCCCCAUUGUACCUCAUUUAGGAUUCAUCCCUUUUUUUCUGUUGGAGUUUCAUUAGUAUGUUUGUGAUUUAGAUUCAUGCUCUUUUAGUCAACUGCUUCUGGACAAUCGUGUCUUCUUUGAUGAAAAGGAUUUGUUCUAUGUUUGACAGAUAAACUUGGAUAAGAUGUUUUGGUCAAAGCCAUGUUCAUUGGCUCUGCCUAAAGACUCUCCUCUCAGAAUUGAUGAACCAGACUAUGUAGGGAUUCGUCGUUUCAUACUAAAGAUGAUGAUGUUCUAUAGCAAACAGAGCAUGUCUAUCCGUGGGGCUAACGUGAUCUACAAGCGGAUCAUUGCACAAGUUGAUAAACCUGCAAUAUAUGAUGUAUUCAACUUGGAGAAAACAUUCAAAAUAACGUAUUCGCUGCUUGUCCUUCAUAUGUGGCUUGUUUUACGCCGCUUGAAGGAAGAUGGACAGGAAGGUGUUGACCUUGGUCAAUACGUCUAUGAGAUCUACAAUCAUGAUGUUGAACUCAGGGUAUCUAAAGCCGGGGUUAACUUGCUGCUAGCCAAGUGGAUGAAGGAGUUGGAGAGAAUAUUUUAUGGAAAUGUUGUUGCCUAUGAUGCUGCGCUACUUCCGGAAGCUAAACCAAAUGACCUACAAAUCAAAUUAUGGAGGAACGUAUUUUCUGAUGAUGGAACAACAACACCUGAUAACACAGAUUUAAAAACAGCACAGGCAAUGGCAAGAUAUGUCCGGAGAGAACUUGGUUCUCUUUCUUUAACAGAUAAAGAGUCCAUAUUCUCCGGCAAUUUCUCCUUCACCCCUUUGGAGAACAAGCCCCUGUGAUUUGAAUGAAAUUAGAAGAAGCUGUGGUGCUUUGCGAAUCAAUCUUUCAUUUGUUUCUCUGUUUCAUUUGAUUUACUUAUAUCAAACCAAAGAAACCUACACAAGGGAAUGUGCUAGCUGUUAGCAUCCAGAUGAUCAUGAAAACAAUGUGAAAGUGAAUAAGAUUACUGAAUUAGAGCAUUUACUGUCAUUGGUAUUUGGUACUUUAAUUGGCUUACUAAUGCUCAAAAUCUUUUCUACAAGGCGAUAGCCGAUUGUAAUUACUUAUCUGCCAUUCAACAUUUUAUGAUCUUGUAUUUGAAACAGUAUUAUAACUAUAGUAUGUUAGAUCGUGGAAUUCAUCAUC